AUGUUGAAAUCUCCCAUAACAAAUAAGCAGGAUCUGGACGAAGCUGCAAAGAUAGCUAGACGUCAGCAGUACGAAGAUGAACGGAAAAAACGCAUUUUUAAUGCAAAAGAGCGUCUAUUUGGAGUUGAUGUGAGAGGACUACGAAGUCAAAUAGAGGAAAAGGAAAUGCAAAAGCGUAUGGAAGAAGAGAGGGAACGUUGUUACAAUAAACAAGCAGAACUUCAACAACAAAUUGUUUAUAAUAAAAUGAGAGAUGAAGAGAAAAGCAAACGUAAAAUAGUUGCAGAUUUAAACAAUUUCCGUUGGCACAUGCAACGACCAGAACAGAGUCGAGAUUAUGACAUUAAUGACCCAAAUUCCAUUAAAAAGUCUUUACCAGCACGCAUUGGAGAUAAUGAUCCUCGUUUAGGUGUAUCCAGUGCACAAAUAUUUUCGGGCGAAGAUUUGUGCAGUGAAGAGCGUCGAAAAGUUCAGCGCGAACAACAGCGAGCUUGGUUGGAUCAGCAAAUACAAGAACGCAAAGUAGCUGAAUUUGAACGUAGAAAAGCUGAAAAUGAGUUUGAUAAGUCUCUCUUGAAUCGAGAGAACUAUCUUGAUCAAAUAUCCAAAGAGCAACAUAACUCAAAAAAUAGAAUUUUUCAUUCCAUUGCGGAAUAUAACAAAUUUUUGUCAGAGAGAAGGAAAAAUGCAGCUUUGCAAGCGAAACAAGAAGAAUAUGAAGAUGAUUUAGCUGAAAUAUACAACAUGCUUACCAGUGAUAUGCUCACCGGGAAAUACGGUGAUAGAGCUGAAGCCCGAGCUCAUGGCAUGUCAGAGUACCAAUUAGCAAAAAUCCGUGAAGAACAAAGUCAGCAAAGAUACUUGGACAAACAGCGUAAAACGGAUAUGCAAACUCUUGAUAAGCAAUGGGAGGAACAUGCACUCAAUUUGGAUCGACAAUUGGUCCAUCAACAAUUUGAGUGUAAUCGUAGAAAAAAAUCAGGAUUAAUUAAAAAUAUGCGCUUCAAUGCUGAUUUGGCUACAGAAAAAAGAGCCCAAAAGGAGUUUAAUAAGGAUGCAAAUGUGAAUGAAAUAACCUCGGAAUUCUUUGAGCAAUUUAAUAAAGUGACUCGUUAA